AUGGCUAUCGCGCCAGCAGCAGCAGCAGCAACAGCAGCAGCAACAGAAGCACCUGAAGGGACAGCAGCUGCAAGCCUAAUGGAAGAGGAGCCUAUGCAAGGAGAGAUGGAGCAGAAACAAGCAGGUGAGCUAUCUGCCGUUGCAGCAGCUGCUGCUUCUGCUGCUGGUACUGUCUUUGACAGCCACGUGAAGGAACGCGCGAUGCAGAUGCUGCUGCUGCUAAAACAAGACCCGCAGCAGCAGCACCACCACCACCAUCAGCAACAACAGAUACUUGGCAGGAAACAUCAUCGAAAGGCGCAGCAGCCACGGCAUCAGAGAACAGCAAAUGCGGGUCUCCAUGCACAGGAGCAGAGGGGUCGGCAAACUCAACACUACAGCAGUAGCAGCGGCAGCAGCAGCAGAAACGGCAGGAGCUGCAGCAGCAGGACGAGCAGCAGCAUCAGCAGCAGCAGCAGCAGGACGAGCAGCAGAGGCAGCAGCGAUGGCAGGGAGGGGACGACCCAGUGCAGCCGCUGCAUGCGUCUGCAGCAGCGGCUGCGAUUAGAGCGGCUGAGGAGGAGAGAAGGAGACAAAGAAGCGAAGCAGCUGUUUGUUCGUGUUGCUGCUCAGGUGGCAAGUUUGAGCGGAGAGGCGCGGGAAGCUGCUGCUGCUGCGGCGGCCGCCGCCGCUACGGCGUCGUACAACAGGCAGCAGCAGCAGCUGCAGCAACACCAGCAACUGCUGCUGGAGGAAAAACGAACAUCUGCUGCUCUCCAGAAGCAGCUCCGCCUUUUGCAGGCUGAGGUUGACAGACUACAGCAACAGCUGCAGCAGCAGCAGCAGCAGGAUGGGUCGCAGAAGCAGCAGCAGGAGAAGCACCAGCAGCAGCAGGAGAAACAGCAGCAGCAAGUGCUGUUGCUGCUGCAGCGACAUUCUGCUUCUCUAGUUGAACAGCUCAUGGGCCAAGUCGAUCCUCUGCUACAGCUGUCGUUGCUGCGGGUAGAGCGCUUGGGUUUGCAGCUGCAGCAGCUGCAGCAGCGGCAAGACAGGCAGAGGCAGCGGCACCAGCUGCAGCAGCAGCAGCAGAUACAGCAGCAUCAUCACCAGCAGCAGGUACAGCAGCAUCAUCACCAGCAGCAGCUGUCGCCCACACCUUUGUCUUCCGUGGGUUUAGAAUUGCAUCUGCCGCAGCAGCAACUGGAGCAGCAGCUGCAAGUGGUGCAGCGGGAGCAACUGGAGCAGCAGCAAGAACAACUGCAACAGCAGGGGCAACUGCAGCCGCAGCGGCAGGCGCAGCACAGUCAGCAGCCUUUGCUGCUGCGAGGCAGAGGCAGCGAAAGCACCAGCAACCCUGACGGGCUGUGGGGAGCAAAGGCGCCACCGGAGGUACUUCUAGGGCCCUUGCCUCCUUACAAUCCGCUACAGGAGCAGCACCAGCAGGAGCAGCACCAGCAGCAGCACCUGCAGCAGCUGCACCUGCAAAAGCAUGGGGUAUUGCCUUCAGGGCCUUCUGGGGUGUUGCUGCCCCCUCGGUCUGAUGCAUUUUUAGCUGCUGCUGCCUCUUCUUUAUCUCUCUCCUCUCCAGACCCUCUCUGUAGCGGGGCCGUGCUUCCUCCUGCUCUCGCUUUUGCUCGCGCCGCUGCUGCAGCAGAGGGGGUCCUGGAAGGGCCUGCUGCAUCAGAUGUGCGCCGCUGCUGCGGCUGCUGCAGCGGCAGCAGCAGCCGCAGCAGGAUGAGGGGAGAGGUGCUGCCUCACAUGCAAGACACUGGCAUCCAGCGAACUUCUCUCCUGUCAAAUGCAAGCGUAGGCACAGGCCGCCCGCGCUCUGCUGCUCCUGCUGCCCCAGCUGCGGUUCCUGCUGCAGCUCCUCCUCCUGUUUCUGCUUCUGCAAAGGCUGUAUGCGGGCACCUGCUUGCUGCGGGGUCUGCCUUGCCGGUGUGUACGGCUGCCCCUUCCAGUACACCGCAGAGGCUUGAAAAGUCUCCAAGGGCCCAGAGUCUCCUUUCUUAUCCCUUCUGCAUAAGUGCCACAGCUGGCCCGCUUUCGGCUGCCUCUGCUGCUGAGAGGAGACAGCCUCUAGGGGCGCCCCCAGCAGCAGCAGGAGCAGUGGCGUGGAGAUUGCUGCUCCCUCCGCCUGCUGCUUCUGCUGCAGGAGCUAGCGACGCCUCGACGCAGCACCGCGGGGCUACCGACCCCUUGUUGCUGCUGCAGCAGCAGCAGCAGAGAAUGUAUCUGGAGGGUAGGAGUUUGGCUGUUGCUGAACCGCAGCAGCAGGUGAGGGGCCCUUCUUUGGCUGCUGCUUCGUCAAGACCAACAGAGGGAGAUGGCGGGAUGGCCUCUGCUGGUACAACUGCUGAUGCUACUGCUGCUGCACAGCAGCAGACGUCAGACCAUCUGGUACCUGCGCAGCAACGAAUGCCUGAGGACGCCAGGUACGGAACGGACACGCAGCAACAGCAGCAGCAGCAGCAACAGCAUCCGGCCCGUCGGUUGGUGAGCGAGGGGACGCAGGGCUUCUUCGGGCUAGAGACGACAGCUGGGCGGCAGAGAAUUUCGAAAGGAGACACAGAGGAAGUGAGACAGCAAGAGGAAGCUGCUGCGGAGGCAACAGGGCGCUGGGGGAGACUGGCGAUUGCUGAAGACGUGCUGCAGCAGCAGCAGCAAGAGGGCAGCAGCAGCACGCCGCAGCAGCUCGCGCAGAGUUGCAGCGCUUCGAGCUUGUCCGUCGAGUUGCAGCGACUGUCUGCUAUGGAGGUGCCGCUGCGGCAGUUGGUGCAAGACCAGGAAGCCUUGCUGCAGGGCCUGGACUCUGCCUACGGAUCCACAGCAGCAGCAGGUGCUGCUGCUGCUGCUGCUGCACCCGCCAGGCAGAAACGAGAAAAGAAUAACCACGCUACCGUCGCAGGCUUGCAAAUAGAGACGCUCAAUAGAGCAGCACCGCAGAUGGGCCCCGAGGCGAGGCUAUCCGACUCCAUUGGUCUCCUCAAGGGGACAGACACCGCAGCAGCAGCCGCUGAGCUGCAGAGCAGCAGCAGGUUCAGCGCUGCCGCCACAGACGAGUAG